AUGAAUUUAUUUUUUAUUCUCUUAUUUUAUAACUUCCUUCGCAGCAGUUCCCUAUACAGUAAGUUUAAGAAGCGUCUAUAAUCUAUUGUAACAGAUGGUGGACUUGGGCCGCGCCAGCCUGAGACUAAUCGUUAUGCGGACCAGUUAACGAAGAAUCAUGUCAACCUGAAUCCAACCACGCCAACAUCACCAAUACAAUACGAUCGAUUUCACUCAGAGCCUAGGGUAAUAUAACUAAUCAAUUUGUGAUUGUUUAGAGAACAAUAGUAUUAACGUCGGACCAAGCAACGCAAGGCGCGCGCAACCUUGCUAGCCAACGUGAAAGAAGCCAUCCAUUCUACGAAAGGAAUAAACUAUUCGAAAACAAAAACCCAAUCAUUACGUAAGCAUAAAUUAAGUUUUAAAAGAGUAAACAGGCAAACAAACUUGAGCCCUCAUCAAUGGCAGUCUAACCAAAAUCUAGAUGCAACUCAGAGAGGUGUCAACAUUCAGAUUGGUUCAUCUCAGCUUCAAGCUAUUGAUCGAUUUUCGACCGAAACAGAUCGCUUUGCAACGAACAGUAAUGUAAGAGUAUAGGACAAAAAGCCACUUAUAAAAAUUCAGAAUGCUAACAAGGUUGUCCUGCCUGUUGAAUUGGCUAAUGCCCCACUCGAAAGACUUCUGAAUAAGAACACACAAGUUGCAAGAACUAAUGUGCCACAACCAGAGCCACUGGAGGCCAACAGUAGACUGCUAAUUAAUCCCCAACAGUCAGUCCCGCCUCCAGUUCCCGAUGUCAUCAACGGACAAAGUGAGCUUUUUCCAGGCAAUGACAACUCAGGUUUCCAGAUCCCAUUCCCACAACGACACCAUAUCCAACAUAUCCCGAUCACCGCCAAGAAUUCUUUCCCAAACUCGCAAAUAUCUGGCACGAAGACCGACGGCCAGCAUCGGGAGAUAGACUUGGGCCUCAGGGUAGAUUUGGUGGAGGCACAAAUGAAUACAGAGAAGAUUUGGGAGGGAUCAAUGACCGGAGAAUGCCGUGGGAAAAGAACCCAAGUUCAGAUCUCCAACAAGAUAAGACAAUAUUUGAACCGCUAAACAAGUACAGUAAGAAUGUUGCAAUUGAAACGGUAAACUAUCCCAAUGCCCCGCCAAAAGAACCCAGUUUUCCUCGCUAUGGAGAUAAUAAGUUGAUUUCUGAUCCUCUUGGUGGUCUGUCCCAGAACAGGUAUGGAAAAGAAUAUGCAGAAUUCACAACCCAGACCCCCCAAGUCCCUGUAAAAAGUAGCUACAUUGGAGGUAUGUCUUAAAGCCGAAAAAAAUAAAAUUUGCUAGUUCCGCUUUAUCCCGAAUAUGGAACUGGGUAUGGUGGCACAAGAGGAACAGGCCCAGCGAAUGAUUUGAUAAACAAGGAUAUCGUCAGGCCAGGGGAAACAGACAAAGUACAGAUUCCACUCAGCCAACAUCGAAUACAACAAACAAUUCCCUCAGGCGACAGACCGUAUUACGGACCUGAGGAGAUUACUAGAAGUCGAUUCAGAAAUAUUGACCAAUCGGAUGAUCUAAUCAUAAAUCGUCACCGCCAUGUAAAAAUUGACCUCUUGAAUGAAUAA